AUGGACGAAGACCUUGCAACAAUUUCUUGGAGAAGUGUUGAAUGGAUUCAAGAGAGACCAGAGGGACUUAAUGACGAUAAUGUUCUGGAUUAUUUUGCCGAAUCACCAUUUUGGGAUGCUCAAUGUAAUAAUGCAACCUUAAAAAUGCAAACGCAAUAUAAUGACCUUAAAGAAUUUAAGACAUUUUUGAAGUAA